AUGUCUUCACCGCUCGCCGUGGAGGGGCGGGUCGACUUCAAGCCCGCCGGAGCUGGCAAAUAUUGUCACACAUGGUACAAAAUAUUUGGGGAUCUCCCCGCACGCGUAUAUCGCCCCCUGAUAGUUAUCCACGGCGGUCCAGGAGCCGUGCACCAAUACCUCCUCCCAAUCGCAGACCUAUCCAUCGCGCAAUCCAUGCCCGUCAUCUUCUACGAUCAAAUCGGCACUGGAAACAGCACGCACCUAUCCGAACUCGAGGGCAACCCGUCCUUCUGGACCGAGUCGCUCUUCCUUGCCGAGCUGCAAAAUCUCAUCGACAAGCUCGGGAUCCAGGACGAUUAUGCCAUCCUGGGCCACUCGUGGGGCGGAAUGCUCGGGGCACGACACGCGGCCGGCCGCCCACCGGGGCUGAAGCGGCUCGUCCUCGCCAACUGCACGACGAGCAUGAAUUCGUGGCAGCAGUCAGUCGCCGCGCUCCGCUCGGGCCUACCGCAAGAGGUCCAGGACACGCUACGGAAGCACGAAGAAGACGACACGAUCGACUCUGCAGAGUAUCGGACAGCUGUCGCUGAGUACCGCCGACGCCACGUAUGCCGAAUCGAUCCCAUGCCUGAUGAGCUCGUCAACACGCUCGCGGAAAUCAGAAAGGAUCCUACGGUACCGUUCCGCGUCACGGGCGUCUUGAAGGACUACUCCGUCGAGAAAGAUAUCGCCGGUAUCACCGCCCCUACUCUUCUCAUCAAUGGACAAUACGACGAAGCUCAAGAUGACACGAUCCAAGGAUUUUUUGCGUCUAUUCCCAGCGUGAGCUGGACGAAAUUCGUCAAUUCAAGUCAUACACCUCACCUCGAGGAGCGCGAACGUUUUUUGCGUGUCAUUGGUGCGUUCUUAUCAUAG